GCCAAAGCAGUUAUGUACUGGCCAGGCAUGUCGGCGGAUAUUGCAGCUCUAGCGAAGGCGUGUCAACUUUGUCAAAGGUACAAGAGCAGGAACGCCAAGCUACCAAUGCUUAGUCCCGAUAUACCUACUUUGCCGUGGCAAGUAGUCGGAAUCGAUCUUUUCUAUCACGAAGGCCAUGAAUACCUGGUUGUGGUGGAUUUCUAUUCCUUUUUUUUCGAGAUCAAGCAGAUGCAUCGAACUACGGCAGAAGCAGUGACAAACGUGUGCAUGCAAAUCUUCGCCACGCACGGCAUACCAGCAAAGAUAUGCAGCUAUAACGGCCCCCCGUUCAAUAGCACGUGCUUCCGUGUUUUUUCAACGCAGCUGGGCAUCACCCACGUGACUUCCAGUCCGCAUUACCCUCGCGGUAACGGCAUGGCUGAAAGGGCCGUCCAGGAAGCAAAGAAACUACUGAAGAAGUGCAGGUUUGGAACACUGGAGUUUUACAGCGGCCUGCUUGAAUGGAGAAACAUGCCAAGGGAUGACCGCCUAAAGUCACCCGUCCAACGGCUCAUGGGUCGACAGACGAGGACCAAGCUGCCCGUACUAGACUGUCACCUAGAACCCCAAACCGUGCCGACCGAAGUUGUCCGAAAGCGCCUCGACGAAAUACGGCGAAAACAACGCGUCUUCUACAACAGAUCAACCCGGAAUCUACCGGAAGUGCACAGUGGGUCCACAGUAUCUGUUUAUGAUACAAUAAACAAGACCUGGGCACCAGCAGUCGUCAUGGGCCCGGCAAGUACACCACGCUCUUAUAUUGUUGCGACUGAGAACGGCCAGCAUCUACGACGCACGAGGGAACACCUCAGGUCCACAAACGGGCAGGUUCUCUCGCAGCAGCCAGAAAGCGCGACAGCGUCCGCGCAAUCCAGUCCGCAACCGUGCACCACCGAGCAGCAAGCACCUCAAGAAGCGCUGCGUAGAAGCGCAAGACAGCGAAGAGCGCCACAACGCUAUCCUCUCCCAGAGUGCCCAACGCAAACUGUUCAGCGGAUGUAG